UGUAACAACUAACUAUACCCAGGAGUGACCACAGUGUUGUGUCACAUGACGUUAGCUACAUGCUAGCUGGGUGCUUAAGGUUGUCUGUGGAUUUGUUUCGCUCACUGGGAGGGAAUGGAGAAAGCCAAACAAGAUGCAUUCGACAAUGCCAGACUUCAAGUUAUCAAAGACGGCUAUGAGAGGGCCUUUGAGUGCAUCAAUAAAGGGCUCACCGUAGACGAAGCUGGAGACAAGGCACAGGCCCUGGAGCUUUACAAGCGAGGGCGACAGCACCUUCUCAGGGCCAUCAGUGUGCCUUCUCAGGGAGAGGAGUGUGUCGGCAGCUCCUGGGAAUCAGCCAGACAGAUGCAGCUGAAGAUGCAGGAGACGCUGAACAACAUCACCACUCGCAUGGCCAUACUAGAGACCAGCUCUGAUCUUGGAUCAGAACCUACACUGGACAACAGCAGUGUGUCUGGCCCUGAUGCCACAAACGUGUCUGAAAAAGGUCUGUACCCAAAACUUCCCAACGAAAACAAGCCAGAGAAACAAGCUCCACCAAACCUGCUUUCUGCGAAUGGCCAGGCAGCAGGAGCUGUAGGAGGCAUGCCUGCAUGCAGCAGUGAGGGUCUACCUCUCUCACCCACAAGACAGCCUGUGGUUCCAGCCGGACAGCCUCCAGCUUACUCUCCUCAAGCGGCUGACGGCCACUUAUCUGUCUCGUAUGGAACGGAAGAAGGGGAAAUGUCAUUGGUUGGUGAAGAGUUCUACAGUCGAACGUCUAACUCAACACCAUCUCUCCAGAGUAUGGGUGAAGAUGGAGAGCAGCUAGUGUACAUCCCUCAUGGUGUACAGAUAUUCUUUGUCACACCUGAAGGGCAAGUGAGCGCUCCCUCGUACCCGGGCUUCCUGCGGCUGGUGAAGUUUACUAGUGACCAUGAUGACAGGAUGCCCAACCGACCACCUGCAUUUUUGCAAGUGUGUGACUGGCUAUACCCUCUCAUGGCCAUGGACUCACCAGUGUUGCUGUGUAACACUGGUGUGUUUAUGUUUCCGGACAUGAUGGCGCCAACUCCAGGCUAUUAUGUCGGGGUGGUGUUGUCCUCCGAGCUACCUGUUGCAGACAGAGAGCUGUUCCAGGACAUGCUCUCCCGGAUGACAGAUCUCAGAGUUCAGGCUCCAGAUGAAGCUGCAGACACCAUUAAUCUCAGUCAGAAGGUGUCCAUCGCUACACCUGAGGAGACUGUAGCAACAGUGACCGAGGACGAGAAGGAGCUGACCGAGGACGAGAAGGUGCUGCCCGAGUGGAGUGAAAAGGUGGCAAAUGGGAUCUUGACAGGUGCGUCAUGGCUAAGCUGGGGCCUGGUGAAAGGAGCUGAGUUCACAGGCAAGGCCAUUCACAAAGGGGCAUCUAAACUCAGAGAACACAUCACCCCAGAGGACAAACCCACCCACGUCAGCCCCACAGUCACCAAAGGCCUCCAUGUUGCCAAGCAAGCGACAGGAGGAGCUGUCCAAGUCAGCCAGUUUCUAGUGGACGGGGUGUGCAUGGUCGCUGGCUGUGUGGGUCGAGAGUUGGCUCCACACGUGAAAAAACACGGAGGCAAGCUGAUCCCGGAGUCUAUGAAGAAAGAUAAGGAUGGGCGUUCCAACAUAGAUGGAGCUAUGGUGGUGGCUGCCAGUGGAGUGCAAGGAUUUGCGACCAUGUGGACUGGUUUGGAAGUAGCAGCAAAGGACAUUACUACGAGUGUAGCAUCGGAGACAGUCACCACUGUAAAGCACAAGUACGGGGCAGCAGCAGGACAAGCCACAGACCAUGCUGUAAAUUCUGCCAUUAAUGUCGGCCUCACUGCCUUCAAUGUUGACAACCUGGGAAUCAAAGCUGUGGUGAAAAAGACUGGCAAGCAGACGGCGAAGGCCAUUUUGGAAGACUACAAGCUCUCCGAGAAACCAGAGAAUGGGAAGCAAGUGGAGAAAUCGGGCAAAUAGCAGGUAGUGCCCUGACUCAUUCCCUCAGCCACGCCUUAAAGUAUAAUUUGUAUUCUUAUAUUGAAUAUUCAUUAUUUAUAAAAAGAUGUUCUAUAGCUAUUGUUAUAUGCAUAUCCUAUAGUUUGAUACAGCUCUUGAGUGCUUUCAUUUCCUUUAUGUUAAAUAAGAUGGACCUAAAUGAAGAGAAACAACAGGUAACAUAACUAAAAUGAAAACACAUUUCAGGUAUUAUCACUUAACUUGGGAGAUAUCAGUUUAAUUCUGCUCUUUGUACUAAGACCGCAUUGAAUUUUUGCUGAUUAGUAACUGUAAACUUUUAUAGUUUUUGUGAAGCAGCUGUGUGUUGGAGUUUAUCACUGGUAUGUGCAAUUUAUAUACUUUGAAUGAAUGAUUAAAAAAAUAUGAUCUGUUUGUCAGUAUCUUUGGAUAUAAACAGAAAAAAAAGUUUUAUACUGUUGUUUGAAAUGAGAUAUAAUCACUGCUGCCUACUGUGCCUGCAAACAUCAAAUGCUAUACAAAAAUCUAAUGUGUUGUAAAACUUGAGUCUAUAGUCCAAAAUGUAUUUUUUUUAGACCUUCAUUACUUAAAGUAAGUACUUAAGAGAGUUUCUGCCAUCUCCUAUGAAUGAGGGUUUCUACUACAAUGCAGUGCUGCAUUCCAGUUCAGUUGUAUCCCUAUAUUUUCAAAACUAUGUUUUUAGUAUUUCAUAUAAAAAUCCAGAUGUUAUUUUGAUGGACAACUUUUAGCAAAAUGUGAAUUUUGAAGUGUAAUGCUAACUUUGUUUGCAAACUUGUUUAGGCUUUUGGUUUUGAGUGAUCUGGUUUGUAAUCUUUUUAAACUCCAGCUUUUCGAAUUCAUAAGGUUCAUGUACAUUUUAAAUGGCUUUCAAGUAUUCUAGUUGGGCAUUGAGAUUUCUUUCCCACCUGAAAUACUGAGUAUUUUCAGGAAAAAUAAAAUAUUUAAAGAAACAAGAAAUUAUUUAUUUAUUUUUGAGCAGGAUGGUUUGGCAGUUUUAUUGUUUGAAUCUAGUAAACACUACCUUAAAUCUGUCAGCCUAAUACCUCCAUCUAGUGGCUGUAUGUCUUACAACAUGUUAAGAGUAUUUCUACAGUAUCAUACUGAUGGUUUAUUAUAUUUUAGGAAUAGGAACAUCAACAGAGGAAAUUAUGCUUUACAUUUCUUGUCUAGCCAGGGUUGGAGACCUUUUUUAUGGGAUUAAUUGGUUUUUUUUGUGCUGCUGAGUCAGCUGAAUUUCACUCAAUACAAAUCAAUUCAAAACUAAACAUUUGGGCUUGCUUGCACUUUUAAACAUGUUAAUUUAAAAAUCAACACUGUCUAUAUAUUUGUUUAUAAUUCAUAACUAAAGUGACAAAGUAUUCAAAAAAU